GGAGAGAGAGAGAUACUGAGAAGUUGAGUGGUUGAAUGUAAAGUAUACAGAAUCUAUGCAAAUAUGUUAAUCAGGUAAUUAGCAAGGUGGGACAAUGAUGAAGAGGUAAUAACAUUAUAUGUAAAUAUAUGUGUAUUUGAGCAUGCGUUUUUACCAUGUGUGUAUGCAACACUUCUAUAUAUCUGUGUAUCUGUAUGAGUUUUUAUUAUGAUAAUGUUUCUGAAAGAGAGAACAUUAGAAAAGUAGAAUAUUAGCAAAGGACAGUGGCAGGUGAGAAUUGUUGACAGGUAGGCUGACAAAAUACUAAGAUGCUGACAGAUUUUAUCAAAUGAUAAGAAGGAAUUUACCAGGACCAGGACAUUUUCAGUGUAAUUUUAUGUUCCUUCCUACUGGUCUCUCUUCACAAUAGUUACUGUUAAAACUAUAUUUCUUCUAACUCGUUCACAUAGCUUUAAAUCAAUCUGUUAUGAAAGUCUUGUAAUUAAUGUUCUAAAAUGCAUUAUUACCUGGAAUUAAUACUCAUUAAUUAAAGACGUCAACUUUCAAGUGACAAAGACAAAUUCCUAUAAAAUCGGAAGAAAAAAUUAUUCCUGAAUAUUUCCAAGCAUUUAAGAGCAGAAAGAUAAGUUUAUUUUAUUAAUUAAUAUUUUGCGUUAUUUUCUGAUUUUCUGAUAAAAAAAAAAGAUCCUUGUGAACGUGCCGUAUCCUUUCGGAUAAUACUGGCAAGUUUUGUGUUUGUUUUCCAUAAUGGAGAGUAUGGAGCAAGAUAGUCUUGAUAUAAACAAGUCAAUGGACAGCCUUUCAGAAGUGGACCCUUCAGUUAUCUGUUCAACGAAUCUCGAAAGUGGAGUUGAUCCUGAAAAUAUUGGUGUUUCUAGAAAGAACGAAAAGGAAGAAGAGAAUUUAAAACAAAAAGGCCAGGGAAAUGAGGAAAAAAUAGAUGAGAGUGACAUCAAUAAAAGCGAACUGGCCAAAGAUGGUGAUAUUGGUCAAAGUGCUGAAUAUAAGAAGAGUGGGAACCAGUCUCCAUGUGAGACUGAAGCCAGUGGUGAAAUUACAAAAGUACAAUCAGUUGAUGAUCUAUCUUCAAAUACUGCAGUAGCCAUUGACUCAUCAGAGGUAAAAUGUGUGGAGGCAGGUGAGGAGGAAAAGAAAGAAAAAGAGGACGAGGUGGAGAAAGAAACAGAGGGCAAGGAGGAGAAGGAAGAGGAGAGAAAUGAGAAGAAAAUUGAGGAGAGUGGGAAAGGUGAGAAAAUGGAAGAAGUGACAGUAGCAGAGGCGAAUGAGGAAGGGAGGGAUAAUCUGAGUGGUGAGCAAGUGACAGAAGACAGACAUCUGUCAGAGGAUUCAGUAGAAGCAAAGACCAAAGAUAAAGACAUCAGCUCUCAACUAGCCGCAGAGCAGUCACCACUGGGCCAACCUGCCACUGUUGAUUUUGUUACACUUGAAGAUGCUCCACGACUGGAAAAACCAAUAACAUCUAUAAAAGAGAUGGAGGAAUCUAAUAUUGAUCCUAAAUUUUCUGAAAUUGAAACAGGGACGUCUGGGAUAGAGAACUGA